UGUGUAUUUUAUUUGUCAACAUCCUCGGAUCUAUAUAACCCCACAGGCCACAAACAUAUGCAGAGUCAAAGUCAGAGAGGAGAUUCGCGGGCGAUGAUCAAGCGCCAUGUCUGAGGUUGUCAACGAUGCUUGGGGAAAAUACAUGAAGCAGCUUCAGCUCCAUCCUCUCAGAACCAAGGCAAUUACUGCAGCAGUUCUGGCAGGCUUUAGUGAUGCUGUGGCACAGAAGAUUUCUGGCGCUAAAAAGCUCCAGUUGAAAAGGAUUCUUCUUUUUAUGCUAUAUGGCUUCGCUUACUCGGGACCCUUUGGACAUUUUCUACACAAAUUAAUGGAUAAGCUGUUUAGAGGGAAGAAAGGCAACGAAACUGUUGCAAAGAAGGUGAUUCUCGAACAAUUAAUUAGCUCUCCAUGGAACAACUUUCUCUUUAUGAUGUACUAUGGCUUGAUUAUAGAAGGGAGGCCUUGGGGUUUAGUCAAGAAUAAAGUUAAAAAGGACUAUCCUUCUGUUCAGCUGACUGCAUGGAAGUUUUGGCCUAUUGUUGGUUGGGUAAAUUACCAAUAUAUGCCGCUGCAGUUUCGCGUUAUAUUUCACAGCUUUGUUGCUUCAUGCUGGGCAAUCUUUCUCAAUCUAAAAGCGAGGUCUGUUGCAAUUAAGAAGGCGUAGGAUAGAGCAGAUCUGUUUGUUGUCGCGUGUGGCUUGUCUUCUUUUUCCUUCCCAUAUGCGUUUGGCAUAGCCACAAUAAUAAUUGAAAAAAAAAAAGGUACAGGGGAACUUUUUGAGAUCAAUCUAAUAUUUGCUUGAGACAUUGGACUAGUUUUGUUUCUUGUUCACGGGUUGGUUAUUAUUGUGAAUUAGUUUGUCUGUUUAGUUUGAGAUUAUAAAAUAGUUAGGUGGUGAGUGCUUACUUCAUGACACUUGUAUUUUGAGUUUUACUUUAAACCAAAAUUAGGCUUAAAUUCAAUUUCAUCAUUGACAA